GGGCAUUUACCUGUGCGGACACUCGGCAGGGGCCCACCUGGCGGCCAUGGUGCUGUCCACGGACUGGACGGAAUUCCAAGUGGUGCCAGAUAUCAAAGGAGCCGUGCUGGUGAGCGGCCUGUAUGACCUGGAGCCCAUCCUGCACACCUACGUGAACGAUGCUCUCAACAUGAGCCGGGAGGAGGCCCGGAGGAACAGCCCCAUGAGGCUCGUCACCCCAGCCGUGCCACCAGCCUGUGAGGUGCUCGUGGCUGUGGCCCAGCAUGACUCCCCAGAGUUUCGCAGGCAGUCCCAGGAGUACAGCCAGGCCCUGCGUGCAGCAGGCUGGUCUGUCUCUGUGCUGGACCUGGCUGGCGUGGAUCACUUUGAUGUCAUUGAGAGGCUGUCAGAGGACAGCUAUGUCCUCACUCAGGUGAUUCUGAACAUGAUUUCAAGAGCAUGAUGGCACCUCAGCAGCAGAGAGAUGGGGACCAUGGCCCUGUGUGGUGGCAGUGGGCACCUGGCAUCCCCUGCCCUCUGCCCCCUUGGUCUAACACAGAGCCACGGCUGUCUCAGACCCACACUGUGCCCUCUCUGCUCAGCCCAGCCCAGGCUGGUGCCCCUUCCCUGCAGUGCCCCUGCCCACUGGAGCAGAGGGGACUGAGGGCUGCAAGGCUCUGACUGGGCAGCUGGACCAUGAACUUUGUUCCCUCAGUGUCCUUUAAACCGCACAUUGGCAAUACAAAUAAAAUGGGAGUUACUGCU